AGAUGGGCAGCCAGUAUUAUCGCCGAUGAUUGGUUGGAGUGGCCUGAGUCGGGAAAAUGGCUGCGAGUACCUCCGUAGUCCCGGUGGCUGUGACGGCGGCAGUGGCGCCUGUCCUGUCCAUAAACAGCGAUUUCUCAGAUUUGCGGGAAAUUAAAAAGCAACUGCUGCUUAUUGCGGGCCUUACCCAGGAGCGGGGCCUACUACACAGUAGCAAAUGGUCGGCGGAGUUGGCUUUCUCUCUCCCAGCAUUGCCUCUGGCCGAGCUGCAACAGCCUCCGCCUAUUACAGAGGAAGAUGCCCAGGAUAUGGAUGCUUAUACCCUGGCCAAGGCCUACUUUGACGUUAAAGAGUAUGAUCGGGCAGCACAUUUCCUGCAUGGCUGCAAUAGCAAGAAAGCCUAUUUUCUGUAUAUGUAUUCCAGAUAUCUGUCUGGAGAAAAAAAGAAGGACGAUGAAACAGUUGAUAGCUUAGGCCCCCUGGAAAAAGGACAAGUGAAAAAUGAGGCUCUUAGAGAAUUGAGAGUGGAGCUCAGCAAAAAACACCAAGCUCGAGAACUUGAUGGAUUUGGACUUUAUCUGUAUGGUGUGGUGCUUCGAAAACUGGACUUGGUUAAAGAGGCCAUUGAUGUAUUUGUGGAAGCUACUCAUGUUUUGCCCUUGCAUUGGGGAGCCUGGUUAGAACUCUGUAACCUGAUCACAGACAAAGAGAUGCUGAAGUUCCUGUCUUUGCCAGACACCUGGAUGAAAGAGUUUUUUCUGGCUCAUAUAUACACAGAGUUGCAGUUGAUAGAGGAGGCUCUGCAAAAGUAUCAGAAUCUCAUUGAUGUGGGCUUCUCUAAGAGCUCAUAUAUUGUUUCCCAAAUUGCAGUUGCCUAUCACAAUAUCAGAGAUAUUGACAAAGCUCUCUCCAUUUUUAAUGAGCUAAGGAAACAAGACCCUUACAGGAUUGAAAAUAUGGACACAUUCUCCAACCUUCUUUAUGUCAGGAGCAUGAAAUCGGAGUUAAGUUAUCUGGCUCAUAACCUCUGUGAGAUUGAUAAAUAUCGUGUAGAAACGUGCUGUGUAAUUGGCAAUUAUUACAGUUUACGUUCUCAGCAUGAGAAAGCAGCCUUAUAUUUCCAGAGAGCCCUGAAAUUAAAUCCUCGGUAUCUUGGUGCCUGGACACUGAUGGGACAUGAGUACAUGGAGAUGAAGAACACGUCUGCUGCUAUCCAGGCUUAUAGACAUGCCAUUGAGGUCAACAAACGGGACUACAGAGCUUGGUAUGGCCUUGGGCAGACCUAUGAAAUCCUUAAGAUGCCAUUUUACUGCCUUUAUUAUUAUAGACGGGCCCACCAGCUUCGACCCAAUGAUUCUCGCAUGCUGGUUGCUUUAGGAGAAUGUUAUGAGAAACUCAAUCAACUAGUGGAAGCCAAAAAGUGUUAUUGGAGAGCUUACGCCGUGGGAGAUGUGGAGAAAAUGGCUCUGGUGAAACUGGCAAAGCUUCAUGAACAGUUGACUGAGUCAGAACAGGCUGCCCAGUGUUACAUCAAAUAUAUCCAAGAUAUUUAUUCCUGUGGGGAAAUAGUAGAACACUUGGAGGAAAGCACUGCUUUUCGCUAUCUGGCCCAGUACUAUUUUAAGUGCAAACUGUGGGAUGAAGCUUCAACUUGUGCACAAAAGUGUUGUGCAUUUAAUGAUACCCGGGAAGAAGGUAAGGCCUUACUCCGGCAAAUCCUACAGCUUCGGAACCAAGGCGAGACUCCUACCACCGAGGUGCCUGCUCCCUUUUUCCUGCCUGCUUCACUCUCUGCUAACAAUACCCCCACACGCAGAGUUUCUCCACUCAACUUGUCUUCUGUCACGCCAUAGUUGGCUACUCUCAAGCCAGCACAUUGUUAGACCCAUCUUAAAUUAAGCCUUACCUCCAUAUAAAGAACAGCACGUCUGUUCCAAGGACCUCAGCUCUUCUUGUUUCUACAGAUGGCAACAGCUCCAUAGGGACAGCUUGUAUAAUUACCUUCAGAGGCCAACUGACAGAAUCCUGGCAGGAACAGACAUUAUCUUGCCAGUUAGAAGUACUUCUGUCUCACUUAUGUCCAAAGAGUGGCUAUAGAUCUUGGCCUUCUUCCCUGAAUACUUUUUUUUUUUUUUUUUUUUUGCCCCCAAGAAAGUCCCUUUUAUAGCACUUUAGCACAGGCAAUGCUACAGGAACAAAGUUUCAAUGCUGCUGAGAGUGAAAGAAGGAAAGUCUGCCACUCUACCCUGAGCUGGCAGUAGGGCACUGAGUACCCUAGGAAGAAGUCAGAGCAAUGGAUACAAAUGACCUUGCUCUUGGAUUUGCUGAGCAUGAUCCCUAUUCUGAUGUCAGAGAUUAGGUUUAAAUGGAAUAGAGCUAUCCAUUUGUUCCUACUCUCUAGGGAGACAAUCUUCCAAAACAGUUUUGGGGGUGGUCUUCUAAAGCUUUCAAAUUGGAAGUAACUUACUAGAGUUGAAUAAAAGAAGGGCAAAAAUAAUCUCGCAGAGCUUGGAACUGCUGAUAGCCCUUACUGAGGGCAAAAGAUGGCUAUAUUGUUAGCUAUACUCCUACCAAAGCAAGCAAGGAGGUAGGAUUAUAGACAAUUUCACGGACAUUUGGAAAUAACAUUUGUGAUUAUACAGACAAGAACAAACUCACUUCAAGCUGGUCUGUUUUAAUAAAUUUUCAAUGUAAUUGUCUAUUUUUUUCCCUCCCAUCUGCAACAGAAUACAUUUUUUUCAGCCUUUAUCUAGAUGAGGUAAAGGGAAUCAUUCUUAUGGUGCUCUUGGAGAGUUUCAGGCCUGUGCAUGUGUGUACAGCAGGAGGUAAUAUGCUAUGUCUGCUGUAAUAUAUUUGCACAGUAGAUGCUAUGGAUCACUCUGAGCUCAGGGUCCAGACUUUAUUCUUAUUCCCAGAAUUUUGUGUUACCUUUUUACCUCCUAACAUAUGACACUUCAUCCUAUUAAUUAAGGAAGGUUUAGAAUAUCUAAUACAACUUGAAUUCAUUUGUUACUAAGCCUUCUUAGGCAAGUUGUAUACUAGUUACUGGUCUCCACUGCCAUGCCUUUUCAAGGUUUCCAUGGUCCAGAAUGAUGUUUGAUUCUUAAUUUUUCUGUCCCUUUUAUAAUUUGUUUUAAUGAUUUUGCUACAUUUGGAAUUCAAUAAAAAAUGUGAACAAUAA